UUAAAGCUAGCAAACAAUGUUCUAGCUAUUGUAGAGUCAGGAAUUAGUUGAAGGAAAAAGGCUAGUAGGAUUGCUAUUGCUUUUUUUCUUUUUUUAUUCUGCUAGUAUCUGUUUGUUUGAAAUCUGGUCUGUUAUUAAUUGAUACUAGUUAAACAUAACUAAAAGUCAGUGUUGACUUGAAGCAAAAGCAUCUAGUAAAGAGUAAGAUCUAAAAUGGCUUACCUUCCAAAGUGGCUAACUUUUCUAAAAGGCAAAGAGGUCAUUAUUGCUAAUGCUAUAAUUGCAAUAUUGACAAUUGGUGGGCAGCAGCUUUUCUCUUUUUUUACAUUCAGCUGCCCCUGCCAUGUUGGGCAGAACCUUAUCUAUGGGCUGGCUUUCCUAGGAGUUCCUGCACUGAUCCUUCUGAUUGUCGGUUAUGCUCUUAAUAACCAGACUUGGAGGCUAGUUACAGGCAAAAGAUCUCCUCUUCAGCAAGAGGGUACACGUAAUCACUUACUGCAGUGCAAACUGACCUGCUUUGUCUUGUGUAGCAUCACCGGGAGAGCACUGGUUGCUCCAGUAACAUGGCUAGCAGUCACCCUGAUAAAUGGCUCAUUUUAUGUGUGCGCUGUGAGUGAGUAUGUCUCCACGUAUUAUUUUGGAGGUAAUUCUAACAUUACCGCUAGUGAACGCAGAAAGAUAUUGGCUGCAUUUCCUUGUAGUCAGUUAGUUCCUCCAGAGCUGAGUAGGGCAAAAGAUGAGGUUAUUCUCCUCCUCCGAUACCAGUCACAAGUGGCUGGCUGGCUUCUGAUUGCUGUGGUAGUCAUCACUGUUUUCCUGUCUUACUGCCUGGCAAGCUGUUUCUCCCCACUCAGCUUCCUUCAUUUCAGAUACUGGACCAAGUAUGUCCACAAUGAGCAGGAGCUAUUUGAUGAAGCAAUGGACCAGCACUCCAGGCUCUAUGCCAUGCAGCAUGUGAGGAAGUUCUUUGGCUUUGCCCCAGGGAGUGAAAAUGUGAAGGAAAUCCGUAUCCCAUCCCUCAGAGAGUGGCAAGCCAUUUCUGGACUGGCGUUUUUAAAACUAGUGGAUGAGGAGCAUUAUGACUACAGCCUCCUCCACGACUGGGCACUCAAGGAUUCUGUAAAUGGAAAAUACCUGAAGACUGAGGAGACCAGAACUUGA